AUGCUAGUAAAGGAGGGUACCAAACGCAGCCGAAUGGACAAUAGAGGCGGGCUGGCUUCGCUGCCUCGUCCGCCUGGAUGGCCCUCCGCUCUGGACGUAUUGAUUGCGGAGGGUAGUGAGGGUCUAAACCCCCCGAAAAAACCCACAUACGUUGAUGUGGUAAUGACCACAAUGACCACCUGCUGUGAUUCACAAGAGUGA